UGGAGCAUGCAUUGAUUCGCUAUCAUUCGCUCUAAAGACUUGUGCCCAGCCUCAAGUAGUUUGCUGAAUUUUGUUUGUUGUAAUACAAUUAGCUGACAAGGAUAAUACUUAAUAUCACCAUCUUCAACGACAUCAGUUUCGAGUUCGCGAAAGGAUCGACAAAAAGUUAUAUAGAACCCAAAAAAUUUCAAAUCUAUAUCAUUCCGCCGUGAAUCCGAGAGUCGAGAGUCAAUAGUUCUUGUCCAGCUCAAUUCUAGACGCAAACAUAUUCAGUCCAGGAGCGUAUUUCUUGCCAAGUUUCUUCAAAAAAAAAAACAAAAAACCCAGCCAGAUCGCCAAUAAGCAGUGAAAGUGUCAACACAUUUCGAGUGCUUAUUGCAAAUCAAACAAGAAAAGCGUAACCAAGCACAUAAGCAAAUAGUAUUCUAAGUGUUUUUGGCAACACUUUGCGUAAAUUUUUGUUAACUACCCCAUACGAAAAAAACAACCAAAACACACAAAACAAAAUGAUGGCCGUUGCAGCAGCCCAAAAGAACCGCGAGAUGUUCGCCAUCAAGAAAUCCUACAGUAUUGAGAAUGGUUAUCCAUCCCGCCGCCGCAGCCUGGUGGACGAUGCCCGUUUCGAGACCCUGGUGGUCAAGCAGACCAAACAAACCGUCCUCGAGGAGGCCCGCAACAAGGCAAAUGACGAUUCUCUGGAGGAUUGCAUUCUGCAGGCCCAGGAGCACAUUCCUGCCGAGCAGAAUGUGGAGCUCCAGGACGAGCAAGCCAAUCUGGAGAACCUGCCCUUGGAGGACGAAUAUGUUGGAGUUGAGGAAGAUGUUGAGUUUGAGAGCGUUGAGCAGGAGCAGUCGCAGUCGCAGGAGCAGGAGCCCGAGGGCGAACGCCAGCCGACCAAGAACGAUUACGGUCUCACCGAGGACGAGAUUCUGUUGGCCAAUGCCGCUUCGGAGUCCCCGGAAGCCGAGGCUGCCAUGCAGAGUGCCGCUUUGGUGGUCCGUCUCAAGGAGGGCAUCUCCUCUUUGGGUCGCAUCCUCAAGGCCAUCGAGACCUUCCACGGUGCUGUCCAGCAUGUCGAGUCGCGUCAAUCCCGCAUGGAGGGUGUAGACCAUGAUGUCCUGAUCAAAUUGGACAUGACCCGUGGCAAUCUGCUGCAGCUGAUCCGUUCGCUCAGGCAAUCGGGCUCCUUCAGCAGCAUGAAUCUGAUGGCUGACAACAACAUCAAUGUGAAGGCUCCAUGGUUCCCCAAGCAUGCCUCUGAGCUGGACAACUGCAACCAUCUGAUGACCAAGUACGAGCCCGAUUUGGACAUGAACCAUCCUGGAUUCGCCGACAAGGUCUACAGACAGCGUCGUAAGGAGAUUGCCGAGAUUGCUUUCGCUUACAAGUACGGAGACCCGAUCCCAUACAUUGAGUACUCCGAUGUGGAGGUCAAGACCUGGCGUUCGGUGUUCAAGACCGUUCAGGAUCUGGCUCCUAAGCAUGCUUGUGCCGAGUACAGGGCCGCCUUCCAGAAACUCCAGGAUGAGCAGAUCUUCGUGGACAACCGUCUGCCCCAGUUGCAGGAGAUGUCUGACUUCCUUCGCAAGAACACUGGCUUCUCUCUGCGUCCUGCCGCCGGUCUCUUGACUGCCAGGGACUUCCUCGCCUCUCUGGCCUUCCGCAUCUUCCAGAGCACUCAGUAUGUGCGCCACGUCAACUCGCCCUACCACACCCCCGAACCUGACUCCAUUCACGAGCUGCUGGGUCACAUGCCGCUGCUGGCCGAUCCCAGCUUUGCCCAGUUCUCGCAGGAGAUUGGUCUGGCCUCGCUGGGUGCCUCCGACGAAGAAAUCGAGAAGCUGUCCACGGUCUACUGGUUCACUGUUGAGUUCGGUCUCUGCAAGGAACACGGUCAGAUCAAGGCCUACGGCGCUGGACUUCUGAGCUCUUAUGGUGAGCUUCUGCACGCCAUCAGCGACAAGUGCGAGCACCGUGCCUUCGAGCCCGCCUCCACUGCUGUUCAGCCCUACCAGGAUCAGGAGUAUCAGCCCAUCUACUACGUGGCCGAGAGUUUCGAGGAUGCCAAGGACAAGUUCCGUCGCUGGGUCAGCACCAUGUCGCGUCCCUUCGAGGUGCGUUUCAACCCGCACACCGAGCGCGUCGAGGUCCUGGACUCCGUCGACAAACUGGAGACUUUGGUCCAUCAGAUGAACACCGAAAUCUUGCAUUUGACCAAUGCCAUCUCCAAGCUGCGACGCCCGUUCUAAGAUGGAAAUGGGAAAGGGAAGAUAUAUUGAAGCACCCAAAACACCGCCCAAAAAGUACACCACCCACAGCCCACCACCCCCCUACAUUCUCAUAUACACAUACAGGUGCAACGGUCUCAUUUAUACAAAUUAAUUUUAAAUUGACAUACCGCACAAUCCCUCGUACACGUAGUCCUUAAAACGAAAAAACUUAAGGCAUCGCGCAUUAUUUUUGAUUUUUUUUGUUUUUUAUUGUUUUUUGUUUAACUUUUUAUUUUAUUAUCAUUCAAAAGUUCUAUUUUCUCAUCUCGGUAAAGAGUAAAAAACGAAAAUAAUGCAUAUUUAUUAUUUGAUCACCCGAAACACCACCCCCUCCGCGACCCGCAUAUUUAUCACCGCAACUAUUAUUGGACCAAAAAAUCGUUAGACGUUUAAGUGAUGUGAAAACAAAGCCAAGCAAAGCGAAUUAAGUGAAGUGAAGCCGAGAGCUGGGAAAGCAAAGUUCAUCUACAUCCGCACUUAGUAGGCAGAAAAGUACCACACAAAAAACCGAUUGUAUACUCAGACGCAAAAUGUUUUUGUAUUAUUAUUAAUCAUCAUCAUCUUUUUGUCUCUCUCACAAUAUUUACCUAGACUAUAUAGACACGCGAUAUAGUAGGACCGAUAUUGAAAAUUAUUCAUUUCAAAAGAGAGAUUAGUUUCGAAAAAAAAAAACAAAAAGAAAAUCAAAUCAAUCAAAACGAACAAACAGGAAAAACCAAUGGAAAAGAUCAAUAUGAAAUGGCAAAAAAAAAAAAAGAACAAAAAAAACAAAACAAAAGAGAAUUUUCUUACAUUGUACAAUAACUGUAAACGACAAUAUUACUAUUGUGUACUAUUAUUAUUAUUAUUAUUAUCUAUUAUUAUGCUUAUGACUAUUACGUAUUGUAUUGUAGGUAUGUAGAGUUUAAACAUUAUUAUUUUAUUUAAGUUUUGUGUAUUAAUAAAAUUAAAAAUGCAAUUGAAAAAUAA